AUGGCUCAAACGGUAGUGUUUGUAUUAGACGUGUCGGGCAGUAUGUAUGGCCCGCCCUGCGAGAGCCUACAGAUGGCCGCCUGGCGUUACAUCGAUGACGCGCCGGACAAUCAACGUUUAGGUAUUGUCCUAUUUGACGACCAGGCAUGGACUGCGCACCCGGUGGUACAGAUAACUGGGCCCGAUGUUAGGGCACGGCUACGACAGGCUGUGCCCCAAAUGGAUCGUGGUACUACCGAUAUAGGCAAGGGCUUACUACAAGGGUUACAGGCCCUUAGAUUGGCUAACCCGGUCACGGAAGGGGCGGUAAUAUUUCUGGUAACCGAUGGCGACAAUAAUUACCCUGAUUAUGUGGACCAAGUAUUGCAUGUGCUACAAGCGGCCAAGGUAAUAGUAAGAUGUUUGGCGAUUGGCCGGGACGCGGACCGUAAUCUGGAUCGUUUAGCCGACGCCACGGGCGGUAACGUGUCAUUCCUGCCCGAUGUCGGGCCUGAGAGUCGGGAAAUGGCCGAACGGGUAAUGAGCGCAGCCAUGCAAGAGGUAAAGGUCAGCCGUGAAAUGGCAGAAGUCGUGGUCAUCGGUAUCUACAACGAUAUCGUAACCCUAAAUGAAGGCAGCAAUCAUACCGUAGUACAGGUGCCCAUCGACCCGGACAUUGGCCGUAACACUAGCGUACAAGUGCUGUCGCACGACAUCGGCUCAUUAAUUAUCACGUUUGAGUCACCCGCAGGCGCUAUGGCCGACCAAUUUGUCAUGGAUGAUAGUUUAAAACGCGCUAGGUUGAAUGUGAGGCAGUGCGCGCCGGGUGUCUGGCGACUUCUGCUUACCAAACAGCCGGGUGUUAUACGCAAAGCCAUUAGGGCUCAGGUGGUGGUCGAAAGUGAAAUGUCUGGCACAGGCAGUGGGUCGGCCAUUGAGUUGUACGUAGGUAUUAGGGGCCAGGAGGCUAAUUGCCCACCACUGUUGGUGUGCCGACUGGACAAGGCUGGCGGACCAGUGUUGGGCGCCCACCUCACGGCUACGGUUGACCGACCGGAUGGCACCCAAACCCAUACACCCCUCGACCGCUAUCACACCGACGGCUAUUAUUAUAACUAUUUUACUGAUUAUUGCGGUGCCGGACGUUAUAACGUUAGCGUAUUGGCGGUCAAUGACGGCCCAAACACCACAUUCCAAGAUAAUGAGCUGGGUGAAUUCCGCAGACAGCGUGUGGCGCAUAGUUUUCAAUUGAGACAAGACCUGCCGGCCGUACCCCCGGACGACCACCUAUUUGACCAACUGGUGGCCAACGGGACGUUUGCCCACUUGAAGCAAAGAGACACUAGUGUGCAAUUUGUUGAGCUAGAUCACUCGCACCCAACCCCUGCAGCCCCGGUAGCGGCCUUACCGUCCCGACCCCCGAUUAGUCGCGAAAUGGCCGCAAAAAGGGGCACUCUAUCGGUAGAGUAUAUCAAGAUGAAAAAGGCGAUUAGAAAUUCAACAUUGUCCGAGUCGGAUAAAUUGACCAAGCUCGAUGAAUUGUCCGAUUUUAAUAAGUACUUGACAUCCACUCGCGAUACCAAUGAUGACGAGAUUGAUAGUUACCGGAGACGGUUGGUUGACAUAAGAAACACCCUCUAGUGUUACCAUCUAUUGCUUAAAUAUUGAAUAAUAAUUA